AUGCCGAACUCGAAAAAAACCAAACAUGGGGGUAAUCAACAACAUGUGACGAUUGUGCCUGUUGAGCCAGUAAAAGGAGAUAAUGUGGACACAGUCGCCUAUUCAUCAAGAAGUCGUAUUAGUGGAGAAAGUGGUCAUUUGAUAGCAGAUGUACAGUCACCACAUGCAAAAGAACAUCGAAUCAUCUUCGAUAGAGAUCACAAUGUUUUUGAAUUCAGAUUACUCGAUGGUUCAUCGAAGCAUCUGAUUGUCUAUCGACUCGAUGAACUUCUCUCCACAACGUGUUUCCCAUUAAAAAUUAAAAGUGGAAUUCCUGUUAUUCCAACGAAACCAGUGACAUCUGACAAGACACUUUAUUUCAAUUUUGUUUACAAAAAAGACAAAAAACAAUGGAGACUCAAGCAGAUUCCAGUCGUUUUUUAUACGACAAGUGAGAGAGAUUAUUGGCAUUCGUUGAUUGAUACCACGUUGAGAAGAGUCAAAAACCGUCCGAAGAACAUUAUUAUCUUCAUUAAUCCUUUUGGAGGAAAGGGAAAGGCUCAGAAGAUUUUUAAAGAUAAUGUAGAAGCAUUCUUCUGGUUGACUCCUGGACUACGGUACAAAGUUAUGCUAACAGAAAGAGCAAACCAUGCGAGAGAUUUCAUUGUUGAAAUGCCAUCAGAACAGUGGAGUGCUCUUGAUGGAUUGGUGUCUGUAGGUGGGGAUGGUUUAUUCAAUGAACUCUUAUCCGGCGCUCUUCUUCGAACUCAAAACGAUGCCGGGCGCAAUAUAGAUGAUCCGAAUACAUCUCACCUUGUCACUCCACAUAUUCGUUUCGGUAUCAUUGGUGCUGGUUCAGCUAACUCGAUCGUUUCCACUGUUCAUGAGACAAAUGAUCAUGCCACGUCAGCAGUACAUAUUGCAAUUGGAUCGGAAUGCAACGUGGAUGUUUGCACGGUGCAUCAACAUCAAAAAUUGAUUCGAAUUUCUGCAAAUGCGAUUUCAUAUGGAUGGCUGGGGGAUGUUUUGAGAGAUUCUGAAGAGUAUCGAUGUUUGGGACCAGUUAGAUAUCAAUGGAGUGCCCUCCGUACAACAAUUCGGCAUCCAAUCUAUCGUGGAAUCGUUCAAUUCUCUUUGUCUCAUAAGGAAGAUGUGAAUCCAAAAGAUCAAUUGCCGCCUUGUCUUGAGCCAUGUCCAGUUUGCAAUAAGUCUCAGGGAGAUGACAAAUACGAUUAUCACUGGCAUGCAGAAUUCACCCAUGUCAUUUGUUGCGUCAUUCCAACUGUCACUCCGUUUACUCCACACGGAUUAGCUCCAUUUACAGGAAUCGGUGACGGAACUCUCGACUUGGCUCUUGUCCCCAGAAUCUCCAGAUUCCAUAACAUGCAAUUCAUGCGAAAAGUUGCAAUGUACGGAGGAAAGCAGCUCUACGAACUGGAUCCUUCACUGAACUGCUAUCGUGUCACUAAAUGGUCAUAUCAACCAGAUUCUGAUCAGAAUGAUCCAGGAGUAUGGAAUCUUGACGGUGAAAUUCUUGAACAGCCAAAAGAUGAACCACUUCAUUUCAAGCUUCAUCCACAAUUAAUUUCAUUCUUCGGACGAGAUGCGGCCAUGGUUAAACCAACGAAACGAAGUUUCAUAAAAAAGAGAAAAUCUUCAAUUGUCUAUCAAUAA